AUGCGACGUAAACCUGAAAUUUGCGUUAUUUACACACGAUAUUGCGCUGCAAUAGUGGCACUUCGCAGGUCACCGUCGCCACAUGCGAAGCCGCGCGACAUUGUUGCGUUGCGGGUGGCGCUGCGCAACUGCGUCGUGUCAUGGGAGGGAGUUCAGUUGUGCGAGGGGCGGGUCAAAUUUAUUCCGAAACAUAAAAUAUGA